CUCAAAUCAUCACAAUCUUCACGAAAUCUCUCUCAGCUCAGGCAUUUUCACAAACAUAUACAACUCAAAGACUCGAAUCUUUCCAUCAUGGCCAGAACCAAGCAAACAGCCCGCAAAUCCACUGGAGGCAAGGCCCCGAGAAAGCAACUGGCCACAAAGGCUGCCAGGAAAUCCGCCCCAGCUACCGGCGGAGUGAAGAAACCCCACAGAUUCCGUCCCGGAACCGUAGCCCUGCGAGAAAUCAGGAAGUACCAGAAGAGCACUGAACUUCUUAUCCGGAAGCUCCCGUUUCAGAGGCUUGUGAGGGAGAUUGCUCAAGAUUUCAAGACUGAUUUGAGGUUCCAGAGCAGUGCUGUUGCGGCGCUUCAGGAGGCUGCUGAGGCGUACUUGGUGGGGCUGUUUGAAGAUACUAACCUUUGCGCUAUUCAUGCUAAAAGGGUUACUAUUAUGCCUAAGGAUAUUCAGCUGGCUAGGAGGAUUAGGGGUGAAAGGGCCUGAGUAACUUGUGAUUUUCGAUAAUGGGUUCAGUUUAUUUUAGAUCUAGACGAUAAAUUUAGAUUUACUUGGAGGAAAUCAGUGAAAUGCUGAGAUGGGCUGGUUGUAUGUUCUUCUGCCUUGUGGCUUGUUUUUGUAAUGAAAACUUGGUGGUGAAAUGAAUGAAAAUCUUAUGAUGUUUGUUUCA